AGUCCCUUUCUUCUUCUUCCUCGUCCUUUCUCACUUCCCCCAUGUGAAAACAAAAAAGAAAAAAACCCUGAAACCAAAAUCAUCAUCUUCCAUAUAUAAUGUCAUCGUCUCAGUCGAACAACAACAACACUAUCUCUUCCGUCUAAUUCCCACCGGAGCCCGUGUUUCCUUUCACCAAUCCAAACACAACAACAACUCCGUCUCAGCCCUUCAUCACCGGACCUUCUUCGCCUCCUCCGCUAAUGGAUGUUAUGCUUGUUCUAAUCUUGGUACCUAUGCUUGUUGUAAUCGGAAAUUUUAUCUGCGUAUGUUUCUAUAUAAGAAAGAAGUGGAAGAUGAUGAUGAAGAAGAAGAGGAUGAGAAGAGAUGCUGAAGCUGCCAUUAAUGGAGGAGACUCACUAGAUCCCACAGUUAAUAAUCUUCAGCAACUGAACCAUGAAAGUAGUUCAUCAGUGAUUGGACAAAACUUGUUUACAUAUGAAGAUUUGUCUAGAGCAACUAGUGAUUUCUCCGACAGUAACCUUAUUGGACAAGGUGGGUUUGGUUAUGUUCACAGAGGAGUUCUUGUUGAUGGAACUGAGGUUGCUAUUAAGCAGCUUAAAGUUGGGAGUGGACAAGGCGAACGCGAGUUUCAAGCCGAGAUACAGACUAUUAGUAGAGUUCAUCACAGGCAUCUUGUUUCUCUUUUUGGUUAUUGUAGAAUUGAUUCUCUAAGACUGCUUGUUUAUGAGUUUGUGCCUAACAAGACUCUCGAGUUUCAUUUGCACGAGAAAGGGAGACCUGUACUGGAGUGGACAAAGAGGAUGAAGAUUGCUUUAGGUGCAGCUAAAGGAUUGUCAUACUUACAUGAAUACUGUUAUCCGAAAACAAUACACCGGGAUGUGAAGGCUGCAAAUAUUCUGAUUGACCAUAGCUACGAGGCAAAGUUGGCAGAUUUUGGACUCGCCAGGACUUAUUUAGACACUGAUACUCAUGUUUCCACUCGGGUUAUGGGAACGUUCGGUUACUUGGCUCCUGAAUAUGCUUCUUCAGGGAAACUCACUGAUAAAUCAGAUGUUUUCUCAUUUGGAGUGGUGCUUCUAGAAUUGAUAACCGGGCGCCGACCUAUUCAUAAUUCGCAGCCUUUUGCAGAUGGUGGAAGCAUUGUUGAUUGGGCAAGACCUUUGAUGAUACAAGCUCUAAAUGGUGGUAGCGUUGACGGUCUUGUUGACCCGCAAUUAGAGUAUGACUUUGAUAUCAGCGAAAUGAAGAGAAUGGUUGCGUGCGCUGCUGCUUGUGUCCGUCAUUCAGCAAAACACCGCCCAAAAAUGAGCCAGAUAGUUCGAGCAUUUGAAGGAAACAUAUCGAUACAUGACCUAACCGAAGGAUCUGCUCCACGACUUGAAGAAAUUCAAGAAAUUGGCAUAUGAAAGCCAGACAUUUGGUAGUAGCACUUCAAAAAAUAUAUGAAAAAGUAAACAUAAUUAGUAGACCCAUCAGACCGUUACAUAAUUAUUAGACCCAUUUGAAGAUUUCUUUAGUAUAUAUAAACCUAUAAACUAGUAAUUAGUAAUUAGUAUUGAUUUGAGGUUUCGUGUUUUAGGUUUGUGAAUCGCAAAUUUAGUAAUCAGUAUAAACUAUAAAGCAACGAUUGGAGCAGAUUUUUUUAACUAAAGAGGUUCAAAUUGGUGACAGAAUCUUCAUUUUAC